AUGAGGUCUCAGCUGCUGGCAGAGGAAGAGGAAUGCGUCCCUCCCCACUCUGAAAUUCCGACGCCAGUGACAACGUGUUCUCGAGAUAAAGUUGGAUAUACCUCCAAACUGUUAAGGAAAGACAGCAAAUGGGAAUGGACAGAGGAGCAAGAGAGAGCUUUUGAAGAGUCUAAAAGACUCAUGCAGUCGUCGGAUGUGUUAGUGCAUUACGACAGCCAGAAACCACUAAUUCUGUCGUGUGAUGCAUCACCUUAUGGAGUGGGGGCUGUGCUAUCACAUCGCAUGUCAGAUGGGCAGGAGAGACCCAUCGGUUUCAUGUCGCGGACGCUUACAUCAGCGGAAGCCAAUUACUCACAACUAGACAAGGAAGGUCUGGCAGUAAUGUUCGGCAUUCAGCGCUUCCAUAAAUAUUUAUAUGGAAGGAAGUUUGUAAUUUGCACAGACCAUAAACCUCUACUGUCUCUCUUCAAUGAGAUGAAGGCAGUGCCUCAAAUGGCAUCUCCUCGUAUUCAACGAUGGGCGGUGACCUUGAGAGCAUAUGAGUACGAGAUAGUGUAUAAACCUGGGAAAGACCACGGCAACGCUGACACUCUGAGCCGACUUCCUCUGCCUCAGCUAUCAGAAAAGGGAGAGCAAGAGGAUCGAGUGUUGUUGAUGGAGGAGGUAGCACUGGUGGUAGCAGAGGAAGUGUGUCAGUGGACACGCAAAGACCCAGUGCUGUCCAGAGUGGUUCAGUUCGUCCUGCAGGGGUGGCCACCUAGUAACUCAGACCCUGUUCUCCAGCCCUAUGUUGUGAGGAAAUCGGAGUUAAGUGUGCAAGAUGGUUGUGUAUUGUGGGGAUCACGGGUGGUAGUACCAUUGCUACGUCAACUGCAUUAUGGACAUCCAGGUAUCACCAGAAUGAAAGCAUUAGCAAGAAGCUACUUCUGGUGGCCAAAGUUAGAUGUUGAUAUUGAAGCAGUAGUGAAAGGUUGUAGCACUUGCCAAGAACAUAGCAACUUGCCAGCCCCCGCACCUCUCCAUCCUUGGGAGUGGCCAAGUAAACCAUGGCAGAGGUUACACAUAGAUUAUGCUGGACCUUUUAUGGGUCAUAUGUUUUUGAUUGUGGUGGAUGCCCAUUCCAAAUGGAUGGAUGCAUACGUGGUUACCUCAGCAACAGCAGUCAAUACGAUUGAAUGUCUACGGAAGAGUUUCAGCGCUCAGGGAUUACCCGAGAUGAUUGUGUCAGAUAAUGGCUCAUGUUUUCUGAGUGCAGAAUUCAAGGAAUUCACGAAGAAGAACGGUAUUGAUCACAUCACCUCGGCACCUUACCAUGCUUCUUCGAACGGCUGUGCGGAGAGGGCUGUCCAAACAUUUAAGUCAUUGAUGAGGAAGGCAGGUGAAGGGAACAUCACUACCAAAAUAUCUAGAGUGUUGUUUAAUUACCGCAUUACCCCUCACUCCACCACGGGGUUAUCACCUGCUGAACUGUUACAAGGCAGGAGAUUACGAUCCACACUAGACUUAGUGCAUCCUGACCUUAGAACUAAGAUACAUCGGAAGCAGGGUGUACAAAAGAGACAUCAUGACAAGCAAAGAUCAGAGAGAAGUUUUGAAGGGGGGGAUGCAGUACUUAUAAGGAAUUUCAGUCAUGGACCAAAGUGGAUACCAGGUUUUAUUGUGAAAGUCACUGGUCCAGUGUCUUACAGAGUCAUGUUGGGCGAUGGCAGCAUUGUGCGUAGACAUGUAGACCAGGUACUGGCUAGACCGGAAGUCAGAGACGUCAUAGCUCCUAGAGUUACAGAACCACCGGUCGGGCCUACGCCACCAGCUGAAACAGUGACAUGCUCUGGGAAUCCGGCUACAUUUCCUGACCGGAACCCCAUUGAAGCUGAAGAGAAGAGUGCACAAGAGAUGGGUUAG